UGAUGGAAUUGGGCUGAGAGGUACCUUAACGGGGUUCAAGUCCCCACAGGUAAUGCCUGCCUAUAAGACGUGGCAAAAGCCUUGUGGGGUUGGGCUAGGGUCCUGGGCAAGGAUAGGGGGUUUGAGUCCCCACGGGGUUAGAGUUCCCACAGGUGUAAGGAGGUUGGGAUUUUAGGCAGGGGGCUGGAAUCCCAGAGGGAGCUUCAACAGGGGUUGGGGUCCCUCUGACUAGUGCUUGUGAUAGUGUACAAUCACACCCACUAGUCUCUUGGGAAGAUGGGAACUUUUCUGAGCAAGAAACCCAUCCCACAAAAGACACCUUUGGGAUGUAUCUUAAGACACUGGAAAGAUAUGGGGGGUGAUCCUUUAACUCAGAAACAAUUAAUUGAAUAUUGUAAUCACUGGUGGCCAAUGUAUUGGUUGGAAGGUGGGGAAAGAUGGCCAGAAAAUGGGACACUGCAAUAUAACACCAUUUUGCAAUUAAUGUUAUUUUGUAAAAGAGGAGGAAAAUGGAAUGAAAUUGCUUAUGUUGAUUUGUUUUUUACUUUGCAAGACCAUCCAGAGUGGCAAGGGCAAUGCAGAAUCUGUUUACUAGGUUCCAGGGUUAUGGUUGUAACAGGAGGAAAAUGUAGCGAAAAUGCAAGAAAGUGCUGUUCUUCCUGCAGUUCUGGUGGGGGUCGUUUGAAAAAUGAAGCUGAGGAAGAUGAUGUUGAAUUAAUGGUGGCACCCCGUAGGAGAUGGGGAAGAGGUCAGGAAGAUCUAGAGCAGGACAUUAAAAAUCCUUCUGCUCCCCCAGCAAGAGAGGGAUUUAGUCCUAUCUCAGGAAGGACAAAGGGAAAGGAAGGGAAGGGAUCAACCUCCCUCCAAGUUCCCCUAGGGAAGCUGUUGGGAAUGAUGGUCCAGUAAUAGUGAAAGUUCCCUUUUCCAUAACUGAUUUGAGAUCAUGGAAAGAGACUGCAGGAGCUUAUUGGGAAGAUCCUGAGAGAGUAGCAAAGGUAAUUGAAACUAUAAUCAGGACACAGGAUCCUCAUUGGAAUGAUUUAUAGGUAAUAUUAGAUACUUUGUUGGAUGAAACUGAGAAAAAGAUGGUAUUAAAUGCUGCUAGGAGACAAGUAGAAGGGGCACAUGCAAACGGGGACUUACAAGGAACAGUAGAUCAGAAUUUCCCAUCCACGAACCCCAAAUGGGAUCCCAAUCAACCAGGACCCAGGGGAAUGCUGACUAGAUAUCAAAGAUGGAUUUUGUUUGGAGUAAGACAUGCAAUGCCAAAAGCAAGAAAUUGGUCAAAAACUUAUGAAGUGAGACAAGAAUUAAAUUAGUCCCCUUUAGCCUUUAUGGAAAGACUGAAGGUGACUGCCAGAAAAUAUACUAAUUUGGACCCAGAUAAACCAGAAGAAGCAAUACAAUUGGCCUCUAUAUUCGUGGGUCAAUCGGCCCCAGAUAUUAGGAAAAAAACUUCAGAAAUUGGAAGGACCUGAAUCUAGGGAUUUGGGUAAGAUGCUUGAAGUAGCUUGGACCAUAUAUAAUAAUAGAGAAAAGGAAAAAGAAGUGAGGAAAAGCAUGGAGAGACAGAAAACUACUGGCGGUUCUAGCUGGGAAUAAUGGAAGAGGACAGGGAAUGAAUAUUGGGGAAAGCAGAGGGGUAAAUCUCUGAUUGACAGAAGAUCAAUGUGCUAUUUGUAAGGAACGUGGGCAUUGGAAAAGGAACUGCCCCAAAAGAGGAGAAUUAGAACCAACUCUCCAGGCAAUCAAAUUAAUGACCCUGGAUGAGGAAUGAAGGGGACUGGGGGAAUCAACCCUAUCUGAACCCCUGGUUACCUUGAAGCUAGGGAAUGAAGAAGUAGACUUUUUGGUAGAUACAGGGGCCACUUAUUUGGUAUUGAAUACAUGUAAAGGGAAAUUUAGUCAUAAACUGGUAGAUGUUGUUGGUGCAACAGGGCAGAAAGAAAAUUGGCCUUUCUUAGAGCCAUUAAGGUUUAAAUUGGGGAAACAAUGGGUAACUCACCAGUUUCUGUAUAUGCCUGAAUGCCCACUACCUCUGUUAGGACGAGAUCUAUUAAGUAAAUUAGAUGCCCAAACAACUUUGAGAUGGAGAGAUUAAAUUACUAAUACCAGAAUCAAAAGCCAUAGAGGCGAGAGUGUUUAUGUUACAGGAUUCCUCCAGGGGGGAACAGAUUCCCGAAGAAGUGGAAAACGUAGUAAUUCCUUUGGUUUGGGCGAGUGGAGUUCCAGGACGAUCUAAAUUGGCAGAGCCGAUAAAAGUAACAUUAAAACCUGGAGCCAAGCCGAUAAGACAAAACCAAUAUCCUAUUAAGUGGGAGGCUCGAAAAGGAUUAGAGGGGUUAAUUACAAAAUUUUUAGAAUAUGGGCUUUUGGUAGAAUGUGAAUCAGCAUAUAAUACUCCUAUAUUACCAGUAAGGAAAUCUGGAGGCAAGGAAUAUUGACUAGUUCAGGAUUUAAGGGCUAUAAAUCAGAUAGUCCAAGAUAUACACCCAUUAGUGGCUAAUCCAUAUACUUUACUGACCUCUUUAAAAGAGGAGUAUAAAUGGUUUACUGUACUAGAUUUGAAGGAUGCCUUCUUUUGCAUACCUCUGGACAUAAAAAGCCAAAGCAUAUUUGCUUUUGAAUGGUAAAGCCCCACCACAGGACGAAAGACGCAGCUAACAUGGACUGUGCUUCCACAAGGAUUUAAAAAUAGCCCUACGAUAUUUGGGAAUCAGCUGGCAAAAGAAUUACAGAUACGGAAAAAACAGAACCAAGGGAGGGGCAUAUUGUUACAGUAUGCAGAUGACAUUCUGAUAGCGGCGGAAGGUAAAAUGUUUUGAAAUUACUAUCAGCUUAUUAAAUUUUUUGGGCCAAGGAGGAUACAGAGUUUCCAGAAACAAAGCCCAAAUAGGAAAAGAAACAGUGACUUAUUUGGGAUUUGAGAGAUCUCAAGGACAAAGACAAUUAGGAAAUGAAAGGAAAGAAGCUAUUUGUCAAAUUCCUGGGCCUAGCAGCCUGAAGGAACUGAGAGCUUUUCUGGGGAUGAUUGGAUGGUGUCGACUCUGGAUCCUGAACUAUGGACUGUAUGUGAAGCCACUACAUGAAGCUUUAAGAGAAUCUAAAGAUCGAUAUUUGACUUGGACACCUGAGUGUCAGAAAUCAUUCAAAGAACUUAAAAAGGCACUAAUGAGGGCCCCUGCAUUGGGUUUAACUGAUCUGACCAAACCUUUUGAGUUGUUUGUACAUGAAAGGCAACAUCUGGCCCUUGGAGUGCUGGCACAACAGUUGGGAUCCUGGAGGCGGCCGGUGGGAUACUUUUCCAAACAACUUGAUAAUGUGAGUAAAGGAUGGCUGGGAUGUUUGUGUGCUGUGGCAGCAACAGUAUUGCUGAUCCAAGAAGCUCGAAAUUUGACCAUGGGUCAAAAGAUGGUGGUAUAUGUACCACACAUGGUAAUAACUGUCUUAGAGCAAAAGGGGGGGUGUAAUUGGUUAUCCCCCAGCAGAAUGCUGAAAUAUCAGGUUGUCCUAUUGGAACAAGAUGAUGUAGAAUUAAAAACCACAGCAAUUGUUAACCCAGCAAUGUUUUUGUCAGCAGAAAAUCCGAUGGGAAAUUUAGAACAUGAUUGCCUGCUAACUAUUGAACAAGUCUAUUCUAGCAGACCAGACCUGAGAGAUGAACCUCUGGAAAAUCCUGAUCUGGAAUUGUUUACAGAUGGAAGCAGCUUUGUGCAAGAAGGGAAGUGAAUGGCCGGAUAUGCUGCUGUUACCACCACCAAGGUAUUGGGGUCAGGGACAUUGCCUGCAAAUACCUCAGCACAGAAAGCAAAAUCGGUGGCAUUGAAGCAGGCUCUGCGAAUGGCAGAAGGACGAAAGGUAAAUAUUUGGACCGAUUCCAAAUAUGCAUUUGAUGUGAUCCAUGCUCAUGGAGUUAUUUGGAAGGAAAGAGGACUGCUAUCAGCCCAAGGAUCAUUGAUAAAGCAUAAAGAAUAAAUUCUCCAACUUCUGGAAGAUGUGUAGAAACCAAAAGAAGUGGCGGUAAUGCAUUGCAAAGCUCAUCAAUUUGGUCAGACGGCUGUAAAAUCGAUUGGCAGAUAAAGCUGCAAAGGAGGCUGCAGAACAGGGUAUCCUUGCACUAACACCAGUAAAACAGAUAAAAAUUCCAAACUUGAAACCGAGGUACAAUAAAUUGGAUGAGCAAUUAGCAAAACAAUUGGAAGCAUCACAACAUACAGAAGGAUAGCGAGUAACACCGGAAAAACAGGUGAUGAUAACCCCACAAGUUAUGACAGAACUUGCAAAAGAAAAGCAUGAGCAAACGCAUUGGGGUGUAGAUGCUAUGGUUUCGAGUUUAAAAAUAUCUGUAGUGUGCGUAGGGAUGACAGGGAUAAUUAAAUCCAUAGUAGCUAAGUGUCCAAUCUGUCUUAACAAUAACCCCCUGAACCAAAAGAAACCACCUUUAGGAGCAACAAAACAAGGAAACUCUCCCGGAGAGUAUUGGCAAAUUGAUUUUUCAGAGUUACCCAGACAAAAUGGAUACAGGUAUUUAUUAGUGCUAAUUGAUACAUUUUCUGGAUGGCCAGAAGCUUUCCCUUGCCGCACCAACAAAGCUAGAGAAGUAGUUAAAAUAUUGCUGAAGGAACUAAUACCAAGACUUGGGGUGCCGAUGGGAAUGUCCUCUGACAGAGGACCGCGUUUUGUGGCAGAUGUAGUUCAACAAAAUAGUAAAAUUUUGGGUAUAAAAUGGGACCUGUAUACCCCCUGGAGAUCACAGUCAAGUGGGAAAACUGAGAGGAUGAACCAAACACUAAAUUGAUAUAAUGGAAUAUUAUUGAUCUAAGAUGGAAGUAUUGAAAAGAUGAUUAUUUCAAAACUUCCAAAGGGGAGAAAUGUAACAGGAGUGGUGGAAUUAACCAACCAUGGAUGUUGCUAUACUCCUUGUACAGCCCUAUCCAACUGGACAUUAAGUCUGGGGACAUGAAGUAUACCAAUCAGUAUUCUUUGAUCUGUAUUUUAGUCUCUAGGUAAUCAUUAAUGUGAACGAAACAAUAGACAAUGUGCUUCUGUCAGAAGAGGAUGACAAAAUGUGGUUUCAUGUAGUGGACCGAGAAAACUGGCCAGGGCUGCUGAGAUUAGGAACCAAGUAGGUAAAAGUAUCCUUAUGUCCUUUACAAUCUGGAGUAAGCUGCUUCUGGCUCUAAAUGGCUUCUAAGAAGUUGGGACCUGACUCUCACGGGCCUUUCAGUUAUCUUGAUGAUGUCCCAUUUAAGAUAGGAGACAAAUUCAAAACCCCAGCAAAGGUUGGAUUACCCAUUGGUUUCUGCCUGCCUGAUUUUUCUCAGCUUGUCAGAGAAGCCCAGUAUGACUUCUCACUGGAAAAGAAAACAAUCGAGUGGGCUGAAGAUAUGAAAAAAAUUGAAGCUGCCCAGAGGGAAGCUGAACACAAGGCAGAAGAAGCACUAGCAAACUCAAAAGCAGCUCCAGAGGUCAGCAACAAAAUGGGGCUCUCAGAGGGACCUUGCCCUGAAGCCAUGCCGCCUCCUAUUAACCCCAUCCUCGCUAGCCUGCAGCACAAUAAUAUUCUUACUCCUAUGCCAGCCAGCAACAGUAUUGUGAAGCAAAAGGUUCUCAGUCCACCUCGUCCAAAAGCAGACUUUAACCCAGCUGAUUUUGAAUGUGAAGACGACCCAUUUGACAAACUGGAAUUAAAAACUAUUGAUGAUAAGGAAGAAUUAAAAAACAUUCUUGAAAUUCAUGUUGGUACUACUGGGCCAAUUGUUGCCAAGCUGCUAGAUAAUACUUUGCCCAAAGGAGGGUCUGAGUCUGUGUUGCAAGAUGAGGAAGUUCUGGCAUCCAUAGAAAGGGCCACGUUGGACUUCAAGCCCCUUCACAAACCCAAUGGCUUUAUUACUUUAUCGCAGUUGGGAAACUGCGGAAAGAUGUCCUUAUCUUCCAAAGUGUCCCUGUCCCCUGUCACUUCAGUGAGCAAUAUCAAAUCCCUAUCCUUUCCUAAACUUGACUCUGAGAGUGAUCAAAAAUCAUCAAAGCUCAUGAGCACUCUCCACAGCACCUCCUGCCUCCCCAAUGGCACUUUACUCAGCGCUUUGCAGACCUGUGCUCGGAGUAAAGCUAGUGAACUGAAUGGACACCAUAUGGUUGGUCUUUCUGCUCUAAAUGAGGACAGUGGCAUGGAGACAUCAACAUUAUCCUCUUCAUCCAGGCUGCCUUCUUUGGCUGUGUCAACAGUUUGUACAGAAGAAGAAUCAUCUCAAAGCAGAGCAACUAUGGUACACCCAGACUACAAGGGAACAGAAAUCCCUGUGGUAAUGCACCAAAAUUUCCCAGUGUCUGAAGUGCCCUAUAACACCAGCCACACAAAGCAGUCAGGUGGCCCCACUCCUGAACUACAGCAGGUCCUUUCCACUAGUGAGAGGCAGUGCAUAGAGACAGUUAUCAACAUGGGAUACUCACCUGAGAAUGUCCUGAAAGCCAUGAAGAAGAAGGGACAGAACAUAGACCAGGUUUUGGAUUACCUGUUUGCACAUGGACAGCUUUGUAAGAAGGGCUUUGAUCCGCUUCUUGUUGAAGCAGCUUUGGAAAUGCACCAGUGUUCAGAGGAGAAGAUCACAGAACUUCUCCAACUAAUGAAUCAAUUUAAAGAAAUGGGCUUUGAACUAAAAGACAUUAAGGAGGUCUUAUUGUUACAUAACAAUGACCAACACAACGCUUUGGAAGAUCUAAUGGCCCGUGCAGGAGCCAGCUGAAAACACAUUCCUGGAUUCUCGGUGUGCAACAGAACAGGACCAGCCCUGCCACCUUCACAUCCAGUGUGACUUGCUCUCGGCAGGAAGGAGUCUGGCUUUUCGUGUACACGGACGAGUGACUGAGCAAGCCCGCUCGCGUACAUCACUCAAGCAUUUCUCUUUCCACUGAGAGCCAACUUUCUUAAAUUAAAUUUUUUAAGUGUCCUUUCCUAAGUUUCCUUUUUCCAGCUUGGCCAUGGGGAGUUUAGACUGCCCAGCCUCUACUGGAAUUCUAUAUAGGUAGAGACAGGAGUGGUUUCUCCCCCUUGCUGUUGCACUGGAGUUGGACAGAAGAAUACUAAGUUGGUUCUGAAACUAGGUUGCUUUGGUUCUUUGAAGCUGCUUUUAUGGUGUCUGCUUGUACUGAAUUACUUGGCUGUGUUGCAGUCCAGAUUAACCAGUUAAAAUUUGACCUUUAGUGCAAUGGAGUUUUACUUUUUGGUUGAAAGUUAGUCUGUAACUUAGUAAAACACUGGUUCAGAAACUGUCACUAUGCAUGAAGAGAGAAGCUGUUCCUCAUGUGGUGUGUUUUUUGUUGUUUGGGGUUUUUUAUGUUGUGGGUGUUUUGGUUUUGGGUUUUUUGUUUUGGUUUGGGUUUUUUUUGUUUUAUAACCCAUGUAUCCAACACUUCUGCCAGACUUGAGUGUCCAAUGCUGAGUGGUGCAUAAGUUCUAUUGAAACAGGUAAGCUGUGAACUCUACCCGAAGCUGCAACUUGUGUUGGUUCUUGAACCUGAAGGCAGGGAGCUGGGGCUCAGUAUUCUUAAUCCCCCAGGUCUGUAGGAUAUUUAAGGCAAUACCCUUCUAGGAAAUCAGUUAUCUUUUAGUUUUAAAUAAUACUCAGUGUGACGCAGGAGGAUUCUCUCAAGCACUUUCUUUAAAACAAAUAUACUCACUGCAUUAGUUCCUCUUCUCACACUGCUAUAGAACUACAUAAUAAUGUCUAGUACUAGAAAUCAGGUUUUGAGUUAUUUUUGAUAGUUAAAAGUAUUACUUUGUACACUGUUCAAGUUCUAAAUACAUAAAAUAUUAGCAGUCUUGAGGAGUCUUUAAUUUACUAAAUAUUUUGAUUCUGCAGAAGAACAACUAAUAAAACCCUCAACUAUAA